UCCUCCGCCCGCCCCCGCCCCCCGGCCCUCCCCGGCUGCUGCUCCCCGGCGGAGGCAAGAGGUGGUUGGGGGGGACCAUGGCUGACGUUUUCCCGGCCAACGACUCCACGGCGUCUCAGGACGUGGCCAACCGCUUCGCCCGCAAAGGGGCGCUGAGACAGAAGAACGUGCACGAGGUAAAGGACCACAAAUUCAUCGCCCGCUUCUUCAAGCAGCCCACCUUCUGCAGCCACUGCACCGACUUCAUCUGGGGGUUUGGGAAACAAGGCUUCCAGUGCCAAGUUUGCUGUUUUGUGGUUCACAAGAGGUGCCAUGAAUUUGUUACUUUUUCGUGUCCAGGUGCAGAUAAGGGUCCUGACACUGAUGACCCCAGGAGCAAGCACAAGUUUAAAAUCCACACUUAUGGAAGCCCCACCUUCUGUGACCACUGUGGGUCAUUGUUGUAUGGCCUUAUCCAUCAAGGGAUGAAAUGUGACACCUGUGAUAUGAAUGUGCACAAGCAGUGUGUGAUCAACGUGCCCAGCCUCUGUGGGAUGGACCACACGGAGAAGAGGGGGCGGAUCUACCUGAAGGCCCAGGUGGCCGAUGAAAAGCUCCAUGUCACAGUGCGAGAUGCAAAAAAUCUAAUCCCUAUGGAUCCAAACGGGCUUUCAGAUCCUUACGUGAAGCUGAAACUUAUUCCUGACCCCAAGAAUGAAAGCAAACAAAAAACCAAAACCAUCCGUUCCACGCUGAACCCCCAGUGGAAUGAGUCCUUUACGUUCAAAUUAAAACCUUCAGAUAAAGACCGACGACUGUCUGUAGAAAUCUGGGACUGGGAUAGAACCACCAGGAACGACUUCAUGGGGUCCCUCUCCUUUGGAGUUUCGGAGCUGAUGAAGAUGCCAGCCAGCGGAUGGUACAAGCUGCUUAACCAAGAAGAGGGGGAGUACUACAAUGUGCCCAUUCCAGAAGGGGAUGAAGAAGGAAACAUGGAGCUCCGGCAGAAAUUCGAGAAAGCCAAGCUUGGCCCUGCUGGUAACAAAGUGAUCAGUCCUUCAGAAGACAGGAGGCAGCCUUCCAACAACCUUGACAGAGUGAAACUCACAGACUUCAACUUCCUCAUGGUGCUGGGGAAGGGGAGUUUCGGCAAGGUGAUGCUUGCUGACAGGAAGGGAACAGAAGAACUGUACGCUAUCAAAAUCCUCAAGAAGGACGUGGUGAUUCAAGACGACGACGUGGAGUGCACCAUGGUGGAAAAGCGAGUCCUGGCUCUGCUCGACAAGCCGCCUUUCCUGACCCAGCUGCACUCCUGCUUCCAGACAGUGGAUCGGCUGUACUUCGUCAUGGAAUAUGUCAACGGCGGGGACCUCAUGUACCACAUCCAGCAAGUAGGAAAGUUUAAGGAACCACAAGCAGUAUUCUAUGCAGCGGAGAUUUCCAUUGGAUUGUUCUUCCUCCAUAAAAGAGGCAUCAUUUAUAGGGAUCUGAAGUUAGAUAAUGUGAUGCUGGAUUCAGAAGGACAUAUCAAGAUUGCUGAUUUUGGGAUGUGCAAGGAACACAUGAUGAAUGGAGUCACAACCAGGACCUUCUGUGGGACUCCAGAUUACAUUGCCCCAGAGAUAAUCGCUUAUCAGCCGUAUGCAAAAUCCGUGGACUGGUGGGCCUUUGGCGUCCUCUUAUAUGAAAUGCUAGCUGGGCAGCCUCCAUUCGACGGUGAAGAUGAAGAUGAGCUGUUUCAGUCUAUAAUGGAGCACAACGUUUCUUAUCCAAAAUCCUUGUCCAAGGAGGCUGUUUCCAUCUGCAAAGGACUCAUGACCAAGCACCCAGGCAAGCGGCUGGGCUGUGGGCCCGAGGGAGAGAGGGACGUGAGAGAACACGCCUUCUUCCGGAGGAUCGACUGGGAGAAACUGGAGAACAGGGAGAUCCAGCCACCAUUCAAGCCCAAAGUGCCUUUCUGUACCAAAAUGCACUGGCUUCAGUGGGCAUCCAGGCCUUCGUGUGGCAAAGGAGCGGAAAACUUUGACAAGUUCUUCACACGGGGGCAGCCUGUCUUAACGCCGCCGGAUCAGCUGGUCAUCGCUAACAUCGACCAGUCCGAUUUUGAAGGGUUCUCGUAUGUCAAUCCUCAGUUUAUACACCCCAUCUUACAGAGCGCGGUAUGAAACUCACCAACGAGAGCAAAUGCCUCCCCAGCCCCCAGCCCCUCGCAGUGGGAAACAAUCCUAACCCUAAAAUGUUAAGGCCACAACCUUUUUUCUUGUUCCAGACGGAGGCCUGAAAAUUGUAGGGUUCUUAGUCCAAAUAUGAUCAACUGUACAGGGUCUCUCUCUCACAACCAAGAACAUUAUCUUAGUGGAAGAUGAUUCGAUGUACAGCGUCCAGUUUAAUUAUGUAGAAGUCACAUCUGACUGUAGGUUAACCCCUUCCAGAAAGCAAACAGACUCUUGCCCUCUUUUCUGGUACGAUUUGAUAUCUUUUCCAUACCCUCUUGUCUAUUCAUUUUCACCAUUGGGAUGCCCCCAGCCAGAGAUGUUAAAAUGAACCUGCCCCAGUCCAGUGGGCUGGAAACAUCUCCACCCAAGAUGUCUUUGGAAUGAAAAGCAUGGGGGAGUCCAGAAUGGGAGCAAGGCAGGACCGUGGGGGACAGGGUGGGGGAGGCCUCCAAGCACCCGCUGCUUCUGUUCUCUGCCUCGAUGGACACGGUCCCUGGAAUCCGAGGGACAAAUCUAGUCCCACUGGUGACUCAUUUGCAAGCCCACUGUUCCCAAAUGUUGACAGUCAUCACCCAAUCAUGGUCCAGUGGUCACCCCAUUUUAAAAAAGAAAAUAUGAGAGUCGGGUGAAUCCACCUGGUACCCUACUUGGUUGAUAACUCUCUUGAUACUUGUAUUUCCUUUUAAGAGGCCAAAUCUUCUAAGGACUUUGCUAAAGGAGCAUGUGAAAUCAUUUCAGAUCAAGGAAAAACCAGUGUGUGUGUAUGUUCAUUUUAAUCUCUGGGAGAUUUUUCUGUGAUCAGGGUGCCAUCAGCAACCAUGCCACUAUUCACGAGUGUUGUUAGCCAACCCCCCACACCAGUGUUUUGCUACCUAUUUCCUGAGAAGCUGAAGUGUACGCCCCCUCCCCUUUUGUACUUAUUUAUUUAAUAGGCUGAAGUGUCAUUUAUGAGAGUACAAUGUACAGUAACUUAAUCAAAGUGUUGACUCUAGCAUCAAUCCCUUUUGAUUGAUUUCCCUCCCAUCUCCAGCCUUUGACAUCCACUUAGGGAUGAAAAAUAAUAACCGUUUUGGUCCCCAUUUCCAGUACAUGCUGGAUGACAUGCCUGAAGCCGUAGAAUCAGGAAGCCCGGAUGCAUAUCAACUCAAAGAUGUUUUAUCACUAGAAGGAUUUUAAUAUGUUUUGCUAAUGCAUCAUGCAAUGAAUUUUGCAUGUUUAUAAUAAACCUUAAUAACAAGUGAACCUAUAUUAUUAAUAUAAUUGUAUUGAGUAUAAAGAGAGUAUUAUAAUAAUUUUAUAAGACACAACUGUGCUAUAUUUGUGAAGGCUCUUGUUUCUAAUCUCUUAUGAUUAAGUUUUAGCUUAAUUCUUUGUAAUGUGCUUUGCCUCCCCUCCCCCCCACCAUGCAUACCCCCAUUGUAUGGGAUACAUUAAUUUUUUAUCAUAGAUCUAAUUUCAAAAAUGAAUGACUACAUGAUCAAUUAGGCAUAUAUAUAUAUAUAGAGAGAGAGAGAGAUAGAUAUAUGUAUGUGUGUGUAUAUAUAUAUAUAUAUAUGCAUAUGAUUCUACCUGUAAACAAAGGUUUUGUUUGGGAGAUUAUUUUUGAGAUGAGACUCGAUCUUAGCUUCUUACCACCACCCCUGGCCCUGGCCCGGCUCCCCCACCACUCUUCUCCUUGGGGAACAGCAGAAAGUGUUUGACUCUGGUAUGCCUAGUACGUUUCUGCAGGCAUGCUGUCAUCACAGCCCAGGCUGGACUUUGUUAGAUUUGUUCUUCCUUUCAGCCUUGUUACUGUCAGUGACUUGGGGUGGGAGGGACGGGAAGAAGCCCUUCAAGUGUGUGCGUGGCGUGGCCACCCCAGAAGCCUGCUGUCCAUCUUGCUGCCCCUGGAACAAUGUACAGACUUCAUGAGACGAAACCCCCCACAGGCCGGGGCACAGCUGUCCCCUGGAGCUCUUCACAGACUCUUCAGGAGCUGCAUUGUCUUCUGUUGCUUGAACCCGUCUUUCCAGUCUUGUGAGGAGCACCUCUGUGGUGAGACAAGGUCCUCGGAGAAACCAGCCUCCUGCACCAGAAGGAACAUUCAAAAUGGAAUGUUCAGUCCUUAGGGCUGCUCAUUUUCCACUUCCCCCUAAAAGCAUCUGCUAGCUAAGCAACCCCCAUUUUAAUUCUCUGGCUGUUUGCCUGAAAUUCACAUACCACAUAACCGCUGAAGGGUCUUCUAGGUGAGAGACCUCAUCUAUCCUGGGAACCCUUGACUGGAGGAAGAGAUGGGGUGGGGGAUGGGUCAGACAGGGCACAGCAACUCCUGCCUUCUUUCUUGGACUGGGGACUCGAGAGCUCAAAGGGGGCCCCAGCACACCCAGAGCUGUAGACCUCCUGGUCAGUGCAUGGUUUGGGGGACACUUCCCCACCAGGUGCACCCCAUUUGGUCUAAUAGAAAGGGACCAGUUCGUAGAAGGAGCUUAGGAGAUGAGCUGGUCACCGUGUCGCAGAAUGGAGCCACAGCAGGACAGAUCACCAGCCACCCCCCGGGAGGUGAGCACGUCCCAGGCAGGAGCGCGUGGGGCUGUGGACCGUGAGUUCCCUGGUGCAUGCUGCCGCCUGCUUAUUAUAAGCCAGCAAUGGGCUCGGGCUUUCCCUCAAACAGCCAGCACAUUUCCAAGUUAUUCACAUUUCUCUAGGAAGCAGCUUCAGCCUCUUAGCUGAAGUAUUCUUUCAGAAUCUCUGGCAAAGUUUUAAAUGAAAACACCCUGUCUGUGGGACCCAGGACUUUGCCUGAAGGACAGCAGGCUUGAGGACAAACCUGGGGAAAAAGAGUAAAAAUGAGGGCCCAGGGAAGUGUUAGCGUGAUGUGGCCCGUUCAGUAUGUUGCUAUGUACUGAAUUUAGAUAAAGGCCAGUGCUUUAAAGAUCUGAGCAACCCAAGACAGUUAUUGCUGAAAACAAAGCAUGCGGGUAACCAUUAAAAACUGUUAGCCACCUAAUCAAUUUAUAAAAUUCUCCGGCAUUGUCCCACAUCACUGGUAUUGUGUGAAAUAAAGCCGCUGGGAGGGGGCCACUGCUGUAGCUGCAGCAGCCCUGCAGGAGCCCUUGAACAGUCAGGUCCCUUGGGGGGCCCUUGGGAAGUGCCAGCCCUGCGCACUGCCCAUAUCUCAGGCCCCCCUGGAAGAAUCUAGUGGUCUGGGUCUCUGCCAGCUCAUCUGUAAUUCCAGAAAGCCAUUCAAGUCGCCUUGCUUUAUUUCCCCUUGAGAGAUGGCUGCUGCUCAGCGGUGGAACUUCAUCUGUGGCUGCAAGCCAACCGUCUGGCAGCCCUUCCCCUGGCGUCUCACCUCAAGCCACUAGGCGCUUGAUUGGGAGUAGCUGGCAUGUGCUGUCAGGUGCAGCCGUCAGAAGGUUAAUGGGAGGUUCGCUCAGGCAAGAACGAAAUCAAAAGGUCGGGAUGAGCCCCCAGGAAACAAAAUGAUGGCUCUUCAGCACGUCUGCUUUACCCCUAUGACCUGGUGUGCGUUAAUGCAGAAUCACUAGCUUUUCUUGAGAUGUAUUAGGCUUUCUUACUGGGAAUUUUGGCAGAAAGUCAGAGGGUUAAGAUCUUUGGGAACUUGACCUGAGAUGGUUGGUUAAAGAUUAUGAAAGACCAAAAUUAGUGCAGGCCAGCAAAUGAAGGGUAAGCAUGUGUCUGAGCUACAGCCCUUAGGAGCACGUGGUGACAUGCUGGAAUGAGGGGACAGCCCCCCACGAGGGCCCCUUGUUGGUGCUCCAAGAGGGGAGAGGUUGGUAGACUGAGGUCAGCACGGACUUCAGAGAAGUGCACCCAGAAGGAUGCUUACAGGGCGGAGCCAGGAGGGAGGGGACAGAGAGGGCUUCCCGGGAGGAAGCUACGGCCGUGUCCCAUGGCUUCCCAUUGGAGGUCAUGUGUGCAAGUGAAGGUCCUUGAAGCCGAGCUUCCUGCCAGGGACACAUAAUCCCUUCCUCCUCAGAAAACGUCUCCCAAGUGCCAACAGCAUCCUCCCCAGCUCCCGACCUUGGAGUGUCUCACAAUUCUGGGGGCAGAGCCAGACCCCCCGGGGUACCCUGGAAGCCAGUGAGUUCCCACACUUUCGCUCUGUGGCUUCCUGCGGGAAUUAUGGCCCCUGGGAAUGGAUGGAGAAGGCGUAAAAACAACUACCGCCACCACCAUCCCACCUGGCUCCACCGAGAGGAGAAAGCUGAGGUUUUUGCUGGGGCUUGUUUUCUCAGUCCCGAACAGGGGGCAAAGUUCCUAAGUGGCUCAGAAAGGCAACACCACCUGACAGUUAUUUUCUCACUUCAGUCUUAUGAAGCACCUAUUUGUUGUGCGUGCGUAUCACACCGUUUCCUGUUUCUUUUAACCCAGCCAGGCAGGAGUGCCUGUUCCCCCACAAAGGCAUCCAACAGUCCUGAUUGUGAAAUGGACACUGAACCAGGGACCCAAAGGACAGUGACCCUAACGGUUACAGAACAGGAGAGUUAACAGUGAAGGAAAAAGACCUUCUGGUUAUUAGGGACUAUGCAUUAAUUUGACAACAAGUAUUGGGAAAUAUUUUUAAAACAUCUUCCUUGAGUUUCUGGGGUACAUUUAAUGAAAGACACCAGACUCAACAUUUCUGUCAUUUCCCAUUGGGACUGAGGCAGCAAAUCUGGGGAUGCCAUAUAUUUUUGCUGUUAGAAGAUACAGAAAAUUGGGAAGGGUUACCGGAGUUAUACAUGGGUGAAGGCAGUCGUCUAGGAACAGUGUCAGUCACGAUUUGCGGAUUCUAUAAUGUCAGGGACUCUCUGGGAGGGUGGGAACCAGUAUCCGUGUGCCUCUGAUCUGUGUGGUCAGGUGUCAGUAACUGUGAAAGUGAAACGCAGUCUUCGAACAGCCUUGCCUUGACCCUCCUAAGGCCCACAAAUUCCAAAGACUUUUUUUUAAACCUUAAGGAAGAAAUUGACUUAAUUCUGAUAGAACAACUGAACAUACUGGGCUAUUUGUACUUUUUUUAUAGAGAACUUUAAUAACUCAAUUCUUCUUUAAAAAUGAGUUUUUAAAAUGAAACUACUGACAGUUUCAUAAUAUUCCAAUCCCAUGGAGCCUAUAGGAGGACUCAAAUGGGGUCAGCUAGGGUGCCCCUGACCUGCCCUCCCACUGCAGGAUUUUCCAUGCCAGUGGGGUACGGAGUCCACCUCAAAAUGCCUGGGAGUUUAGGUGGAAGGUGUUGGCAGACUAAUGCCCCCCGUGUUUUUAAUAGACACUGGAUACAACUGUCUGAGGUCUAGAACCUUGGGCCAUGGGAAGGCUGGCUUUACUGUCCUCAUCCAGAUGCAGCCCUAGGGUAACAUUCUCAGGGUCCUGGAAUCUCCCUUUGUCUGGAGGCUGUGACCAGCAUUUGCCAUGGCAGGGAGGGCACUUCUUCAGCUGUGCCUCAGUCCCCGAGCAUCCCUAGGUCUCUCACACUCCGUGAAAAUUAAGAGAUGCCCUAGAAGGAUUUUGCCCAUUGGGCAAUCCAGAAAUACUUCAGCCUCAAGAGGGAAGAGGUGGCAUCCAGUGCCCCCACUGGCACCUGUCUCACAGACAUCCCUUACGUGAGUAGACAGAACCCUACUUUUCGGAAAAUAAGUAUCCAGUCCACUUUCUAAGAACCUUUUUUUCUAAAGACGAAUGGUGGCUUUGCAUUUUCCAAUUAAACAAUUGUGUCUUUGUCUCCUCUGCUCAACUUUAGGAGUAUUUAUUCCUGUGAUUGUCUGUAGAUUUUUGUUGAUACUCUUCCCGGAAGAAUGUGAUCCUUGAGGGGAUUAGUGGAUUAUUCCAAAUCAUACAUAAAGGCAAUUAUAUUUUUGAGUCCAAAUGGUCUGAAAAUCCACCGCGUAUGCCCGUCUUUCAGGUUUUUCAGAAUACCUUUCAUAAAUGGUCAGAAACAUUUGAAAUCAUUGCUUUUGCUACAUGAUCUUUUUGGAGAGGCGAACGACGUGCCAUGUUUAAAUCAUUUAUUUGAAAAACAUCAUGUAAGUCCCACAUUUGUAUGGAGGAGGAAGAGGAGAGAUGGAGGCUGAGGCGGUUCCUUCUGUGUAAGCAUCUACUGACAAAAUGUACAGGCCAUUCAGCUGUCGAAUAACAUUUGGUUUCUGGCAGGCGAGAUGGAUGUACACUUAACUGCAUCACUUUCCUCAAUCUGUGUAACCUCUGAUCUUUGUUUGCAUGCUAUGCUUUGUUAGAUACAUUCAUUGUAGUUUGGAGGCAAGUGUGUAUGAAUAAAUAUAAUGAUUAUUCUGUAGUGUA